CAGUAUUGUAUUUGUAUAAUUUUGUCAGUCUUGACACUGAAAAACGGCAAUUCCACACGGUUAAGAUAUAAAUUUCUUCCUAAUUACACUUAAUUUGGACCAAGAUGAAGAAACAUACGUUUAAGAGAAUUCAAUAUGAAUUGACUAUGGUAUAGAUGUUGAUUUCGUUUUGUAUUCUGGGGCAAUAUUUCAGCUUUACUGAAUUAUAUAUCAGUCGUUUUAUUUGCUUCGAACCUCCAUUUAUAUCCAUUGAUAUCGAGCUAUCUUCAAGAUGAGUGGAACACGAACGCAACCCCGGAAAGACACAAAGAUGCGGAUCAGAGCAUUUCCAAUGACAAUGGAUGAGAAAUAUGUCAACAACAUUUGGGCUCUGUUGAAAAAUGCUAUUCAAGAAAUACAGAAGAAAAACAACAGUGGACUUAGCUUUGAGGAACUUUACCGAAAUGCUUAUACAAUGGUGUUGCACAAGCAUGGUGAAAAACUUUAUACUGGAUUAAAGGAAGUUGUACAUGAUCACCUUGUUACAAAGGUACGGGUAGAUGUUCUGUCAGCUUUAAACAACAAUUUUCUCCAGAUCCUGAACAGUGCGUGGAAUGAUCAUCAGACAUCCAUGGUGAUGAUUCGGGAUAUUCUCAUGUACAUGGACCGAGUCUAUGUCCAACAAAACAAUGUAGACAAUGUGUACAACUUGGGGUUGAUGAUUUACAGAGAUCAUGUGGUACGUCAUCCGACUAUACGUGAUCACUUGAAAAUGACACUUCUGGAGAUGGUUGCUAAGGAAAGACGGGGAGAAGUAGUUGACAGGGGUGCUGUGAAGAAUGCCUGUCAGAUGUUGAUGGUCCUAGGUAUAGACUCGCGUACAGUCUACGAGGAAGACUUUGAAAGACCCUUCCUGGAACAAUCUGCUGAAUUUUACAGGUCUGAAAGUCAGAAGUUCCUCGCUGAAAACAGUGCCUCUGUGUAUAUCAAAAAAGUAGAAGCAAGAAUUAAUGAAGAGGCAGAGAGAGCCACACAUUACCUUGACAAAUCCACAGAAGAACCUAUUGUUAAGGUUUUAGAAGAAGAAUUGAUCAGCAAACACAUGAAGACAAUAGUUGAGAUGGAGAAUUCCGGAGUGGUCAACAUGCUAAAGAAUAACAAAACAGAUGAUUUGGCAUGUAUGUACAAACUUUUCAUCCGUGUGCCAGAGGGUCUGAAGACCAUGUGUGACUGUAUCAGUGUAUACCUGCGAGAGCAAGGCAAAGCCAUCGUCUCAGAGGAGGGAGAGGAUGGCAAAAAUGCCAUCACCUAUAUACAGAGUCUUCUAGACCUGAAGGACAGAUUUGACCACUUUCUACAUGAGUCUUACAGUAGUGACAAACAGUUUAAACAGAUGAUCUCCAAGGAUUUUGAAUACUUUAUUAACAUCAACCACAAGUCCCCAGAAUAUCUGUCACUAUUUAUAGAUGACAAACUUAAGAAGGGUGUCAAGGGGAUGACAGAACAAGAAAUAGAGAUGGUUUUAGACAAAAGCAUGGUUCUCUUCCGGUUUCUUCAAGAGAAAGAUGUAUUUGAAAGAUACUACAAACAGCAUUUAGCUAGAAGAUUACUUCUAAGUAAGAGUGGUUCAGACGACUCAGAGAAAAACAUGAUAUCCAAGUUGAAGACAGAAUGUGGUUGUCAGUUCACAUCCAAACUAGAAGGCAUGUUCAAAGACAUGACAGUAUCCAACACUAUCAUGGAGGAAUUCAAGGGCUUCCUCACACGUGGAGAGGUAAACUUGAAUGGUGUUGAUCUGGUUGUGAAAGUUCUGACAACAGGCUUCUGGCCUACACAGUCAGCCACCAGGUGUGUCAUACCCAAGGCUCCAAGCAAAGCCUUUGAAGACUUCAGGAGAUUUUACCUUGCUAAACAUAGUGGUCGGCAGUUGACACUACAGCCCCAGCUGGGUUCUGCUGAUCUAAAUGCUACAUUUUAUGGCCCAAAAAAAGAUGAUGCAGGACAGUCAUCGGGAGCCAGUUCUAACUCCAAAGGGCCUCGAAAACACAUCAUACAAGUGUCCACCUACCAGAUGUGUGUGCUCAUGCUCUUCAAUAACAGGGACAAAUGCACAUAUGAGGAGGUGAAGAGCGAGACAGACAUCCCAGAACGGGAUCUGAUGAGAGCUAUGCAGUCCCUUGCUGUUGGCAAGAUAGGCCAGAGGGUCCUACAGAAGGAACCAAAGACAAAAGACAUAGAACCUGAUCAUGUAUUUAUGGUGAACGACCACUUUACAUCCAAGUUAUGUAGGGUUAAGAUUCAAACAGUUACAGCAAGUAAAGGUGAAGCAGAACCAGAACGCAAAGAAACCCGGACGAAAGUGGAUGAGGACCGUAAACAUGAGAUUGAGGCAGCCAUAGUGAGAAUUAUGAAGGCAAGGAAGAAACUACAGCACAAUGUUUUAGUUGCAGAGGUUACUGAACAACUUAAAGUGCGAUUCCUGCCUAGUCCUGUGAUAAUCAAGAAAAGGAUAGAAGGCUUAAUAGAACGAGAAUACCUUGCUCGUACGCCAGAUGACAGGAAAGUAUACACAUAUGUAGCAUAAGGCGUUAGGAAGAAGAUUUAUUGAUCGCCAAUUCUCUUCAAUAGACUGGAUGAAGUUUCAGUUGGUAUCCCACGGGGACAUGUUUUCCAGAUGACUUUUUGGCGAAUCGCUCACCAAUGUGACAGUCACAGAUUGCAAGAUGAUGUUUCCGUUUGUAAUUGAGUCUGUAUUUUUGGCAGCGUGGAUGUUAUAUAGGAAACCACUUGUGGACUACUACCAUGUCAUCAAUAGAUGUGAUAUUUCAUAACAAGUAUAAGGAAGCUGUAAUGGACACACAAAGUUGUUCUGGGAGUGAGUGGUUUCUAGAUCUUAAAUACAUUGUCUUAAAUAUUAUGCAUAUUUGCAAUAUAUUAUAAAUGUGCACUUGACAGUCAAAGACUGAAAGCUGAAGAAGUUACAGAUUGAAAAACCAGGUAGACUUGCCAUUCUGAUUGAAACCAGGGGACUCGUACAUCGUAAUUAAAGAACAGAAUAGGUAUAUACCUUUUGGAGAUCCUGGUACACGGAAACAACCUAAUGUGGACAAUUUUGUCUUAAUUUGAUGUGUUUGCUCCAUGAGUAAAUGUGCAAAUCAAAAAAAAUAUUUAUGAUGUUAAAAGGGUCCCAAAAUUGGAAGUAAACAAUUACCUUUUUUCAGAAAUACAGAAAAAAACCUUAAUGUUUGAAUGUAUUAUGAAAUAAAGCAGUGAUCUGUUACCUGUGAUUGUGUAUCACAGGAACAGUUACCUGUCAGUUGUAAGUGGGUUUUGUUGAGAAUUUCAUUGUUCUAUAAUAAACUUACCAAUAGCUGCUUAAAAAGCGUCUUAGUGUAAAACAAGAGAAAGAAGUCCUUAGUUAUAUGUAUCCAUAAUAUAUUAAUUUUUGUUGUUGAGAAUUUAAUGUUGCCAGUAGAUUUUACUGAAAAUUGAAUACUUAAAAAAGUGACGAAUUGCAAGAAGGUGUUCAAGGGAGAAAGGGAGACAACUACAUUUCUGUUAUGUAUAUUAAAGAUUUGUUGAGGAGUGGAACCCCUAACAAAUCUACCACCAUAUGAAUAUACAGGAGACAUGAAUUACUAUGGAAUCAGAUGAAUGUACAAGAGAAGUGAAUUACUAUGAACUGGUUGAAAUGACAUACAAUGCUUUAAACUUGAUGGAGACAAGAUGUUGUAUGAUUUACCAUUUUGAAAGAUUUCAGGGUACAUUUCGUAAUUUAUGUAUAAAUUUGAAUGAGAGGUAGAUUUUAAAAAAUGCCCACAAGGCCUUACUUGCUUUGAUACAUAACUUUUCACUUCUUCAAUAAACAGAACAAUAUGUUGGGUAGAUUUUUAAGAAGAUUCUAAAGUUACCAUAUGGAAUUCAGCUGGCUGGUUGGAUCCAGUUCAGAGGGAGGAAGGAACAGAUUUUCUUUUAAAAAAAAAUGAAUAUCUGUAUCAAUAGUUUGUUUAUGAUUUUCAAUGGUGAUAAAAGGAUAUUGUACAAAAGAAUAAAAGUUUAGACCAGAUGGUAAUCUUGAAAAGGUACAAUAGUGAAGAAAAAUCAUUUUCGUUUUGAUGUCGAGAGUUAAUGUCAUUGAAUAAGCACUGAGCACCUAAGUUUCAUCCUCUAACAAAUGCAACUUUCAAGACCCUAAAGAAUUGGCUUUAUUGAAUCUCAUGUUUUGCAUAGUUAUAGGUUUUCAGUUUCCCUGGUCUGAUGGACUGUAGAGGUCAUGGAAUUUUGCAUCAUUCAUGUGUCAACCAUUUCCUUAAAACAACUUUUGUUGAAAACAACAAAGUAGAUGUUUUGAUGUGAACAGGUCAUUGGGUAAACAGAAGUAGAGUUGAAUGAGAACAGAGAAUUUGGGCUGAUUACUGAAGCAUCUAGGUGAGAGAUGUAGGCCCUCUUGGUUGACGUGGACAGCUAUAGUGCAGUGGUGAAGACCCAAGAUAAGUGGUUUGAUCCCCAACUUGAUUGGUUUCUGUUUCUUAGGUAGCAGACAUCACAGACAGUACUGUUUUGCAAUUGUGAUAUCCUUCAGAAAGACAUCUCACCCCAAUGCUUCUGGUUAGCAUGUGACAGACCUCUUACAUUUUGUUUUUAGUGGUAGUGAUCAGCAUCUCAAAGAGACUGCCUCAAAUGACCCUGACUGUUUACAAGGUUAAGCUAGUCUUUAGAUAUAAAGGGUUUCGUACUUAACUGGACAAGUAGAAAUAAAGAGGUGCCCCUUACUGAUGGAUUAUUGCAGUAUUUUGUCAAGUACUGGUAAUGAUUUAUUUCGUAAACAUCUGUGUAAGUCAACAUAAAUAGGUUGACUAGGAUUACGAUUCUGUACAAAGUUUAACCAUUUUUUUUAUAUGUUUACAGAAAACUUGUUAUAUAUUUGGUUGGAAAAUGAUAGCCUAGUUCAUAUUUAACUUCCCAGAAACAUUAAUGAUGAUAUCCAGUCAUUGGCAGAUCCGGAGGCAUUUCCAGAUGGGAAAAACUUGAAGAAUGUUCCUUGUAAGGGAGUCGGUUCCUAAAACCUGAAACCCUAGAUCCACCAUUGAGGUCAUAUUUACAUAUUGCAGAUUAUAGAACUGAAUAUGCUCCUUUUAAACUCUCUAGAUCCAUCUGUGAUGUUACUUGUUGAAGAUGGUACACCUCUAAAAUUUUAAUUUGGAACUCCUCUAGAUCCAAUACUGACGUUACUUGUUACAGACUGUAGCCUUCCUAAUUCAUGGUCUUUUGGAACCCCUCCACCAUUGAGGUUCCUUGUAACAGAUUAUAGACCUCCAGGUGGUCCCUGGUUGCUUGCUGACUGUAAGAUGAUCAACUGAGUUAUAUAAUGUUGGUACCAAUUAAGUGUCCUGUAUUAAGUAUGCUGAUGAAUGUAUGCAAGUAUGAAUACAUGUGAUCUACAAACAGUGAA